UAGCGCCGUCGGACAAAGGGGAUGGCCCCCCGUGGCGAUUGAAAAGUGAGAGUUGAUCUGCCGAUCGGAAAGGCUGCGAUCCGACAGUUGAUCGCGAAGCGCCCUAGCUAGCGGACGUGUCCAGCUGCGAUCCCGGAGGAAAACUAAUCGAAGAGUCCGCAAUGAAUCUGUCAGUUCCGGUGCUAAUCGCGGCCCUCAUCUGUCUGGGGGCUGCGUCGGCGUUCCCCCAACUGAGGCAGCGCAACGAGAAGCAGGUCCAGACCGGGGAGGAUGAUUUGCCAUCCAAGGGCGCCUUAAUCGAGGAAGUGGUGGUGGAAUCCGCCUUGUACAUCAAACCGAAGGCUAACCCUCAGGUGCGUCGCGUGCGCUCGGUUUUGGACCAAGUCUCCGGAAUCACCCACAAGCGAGUGAAGCGCCAGUUUGGUAGUCAGUUCGGAAAUCAGUAUGCGGGAAACCCAGGCUUCGGCGGUGGUUUCGGUGGAAAUCCCGGAUUUGAAGGAGGUUUCGGUGGUAACCAAGGAUUCGGCGGCAACCAAGGAUUCGGCGGCAACCAAGGAUUCGGCGCCAAUCAAGGAUUCGGCGGAAAUCAGCAGCUUGGUGGAAAAGUCCAGGCAGGCACAUCGGCCGGAGCUGGGGGAACCAAAGCGGGCGUUGAUGUUGGCGCCGGACCAGAUGGCGGCAAUGCCAACGCCAAUGUGCAGUUGAAUCCUCUGGGACCCCUAGGCCCCGAUGGAUACAACCAGGAGCAGGCCGCAUCCAAUGGAGCCGCCAACAGCAACUACAACAAUGGACUCAACUCCGGUUCCUCGGCAGCUAUUGGACAGGCCCAAGGUUUCCAAUCGCAGAGCGCUAAUGGAUCAUUCGGGGCCUCCUCCGCCAGCACUGCUACCCAGUCCCAGAACUCUAGUCCCUUUGGUAAUAACAAUGCCGCCGGUGCGUCGCUGAGUCAGGUGUACCAUCUGCCAAAUGGGCAGACCAUCAACUUCAGCUCCACGAACAGCUUCGCUAAUGGUGGUGCCAACCAUGGCAGUAGCCACGGCUCCGCUGUUUCCGUUACCCGUUGAGAACAAUGUGUAUUUCCAACGGAAAAUACCUCCAAGUUAAUCUAUUGGUCAGCAGACCUAUGUGCAAAUGUCUAAAAUAUGCAAAUAAAUAUUUAUGAUUCAA